AUGUCAGAAGCAUUUUGCAUUUGUUCACAAAUGAUGAAACUUUUCCAGAAGAUCAUGGUUUUGAAAAACCAUCCCAAAGAAGAGAAGGGCAGUUUUCUCCAUAGGGUUUUCCCUGGCAAACCCACUCCUUCAAUUUCCCUACAUACUUCUUUUAUCCAUCACUCUCUCUUCUUGCUAUUAUCCUAUAUCAUGUGGGAAUGGGGACGUUUCGUCACACUUGACAAGUUUCAAACACUCCCAGCUCUAAGCACCAUGCUCCAUAACUUCCUAGAAACCGUGGGAGAAUCAAGACCGUCCAAACAUGAUGACCCCGAUGGUGGGGCCAAAGAUUGUCCCGUGAAGAAGGGUGAGGUGCCCAGUUGA